AUGACUGAAAAUAACCCGCAUAGAUUAGAGCACAAAAGGAAAGAGAACCCGAGUUUUGAAACUAGCCAAGUUCCUAGUUGUUCUGGUGAGAAUUCUUUGGAAGGGUGGUUAAGUGAAGCAGAAUAUAUCAGAGCAUGCACUGAGAUGAUAAUUAUCGACGAUUUUCCUUUUAGCCAUUUAGAAAGACAAGGGGCUCAAGUUUUUAUGAAAUCACUUCAUCCUGAGUUUGAUGUCCCAUCUUCAUUUGGUUUUCAGCAGUCUUCUUCUGAUGCUUCCUUAGUUGUUCUCCAAGGUCAUUCACUAGUCAUUGUUCUUGUUUAUGUUGAUGACAUUUUGGUAACUGGCCCUAAUCCUUCUGUGUGCAAUCUGUUCAUUCAAAAGCUCAGUACUCUUUUUCCAGUCAAAGAUCUAGGACCCUUGCACUAUUUUUUGGGAUUAGAGGUUCAUCGGUCCUCUGCAGGUCUUUUUCUUCAUCAGUCAAAGUACCUACUGGAUCUUCUCAGGAAAUCAAAUAUGGUUGGUGCUAAGCCAUGUUGUACCCCACUUGGUUCUCAAAAGCUUGAUCACACGGGUCCUCUUCUCUCUGAUCCUACAGAAUAUCGGUCCAUUGUUGGUGGCUUACAGUACUUAACAUGGACACGUCCUGAUAUUUCAUUUGCCGUCAAUCAAAUCUGCCAGUUCAUGCAUACUCCUCGUGCUCAACACUUGCAGGCUGUUAAGAGGGUUCUUCGAUAUCUUAAGGGUACUGUCACUGAAGGUAUUUGGUUCAAAAAGGGUUCCACUUGUCUCACUGCCUUCUCUGAUGCUGACUGGGCAGGUUGUACAUUUGAUCGCCGAUCCACGAGUGGUUAUUGUAUCUUUUUGGGAUCCAAUCUUAUCAGCUGGAGUGCCAAGAAACAAUCCACUGUGGCUCGUUCUUCCACUGAAGCAGAAUAUCGUUCUUUGGCUCAUACCGCUGCUGAAAUUACUUGGAUUUGCAAAAUUUUCCGUGACAUUGGCUUCCCACUCUCUUAA